GUUACGUCAUUUCCUAGUGGAGACAGCUGAUGCAAACGCUCAGCUGCUUGGCUUGAUACAUUACUAAAUCGUCGAAAUAGUUAAUAUUUACUUAUAGUAAUAUACUAGUUACACGCAAUAAUGCAUAUAAGAAUAGCUGAAUUAUGUUUUCUCUUGCAUACCAUGUUGGUUUUGGCGUGGUGUUUCAAUGACAUGGAAACGGGGCCUGUGGGGCUAGCUGUUCAGGCGAAUGGGGAUCGCUUCAAAAUCGAGGGUCGGGCAAUAGUUCCUGGAGUAAAAACUCAAGACUGGAUUUCGACAGCUCGAGUUCUUGUGGAAGGCGAGGAGUAUGUGGGCUUUUUGAGAAGUGAUGGAGGCUUCGUUGUAAACGAUGUUCCUUCGGGAUCAUAUGUCGUUGAGGUCAUCUCACCCGGAUAUAAGUUUGAGCCAGUCCGAGUAGACAUAACAUCCAAAGGCAAAAUGAGGGCACGUCUUGUGAACUACAUCAAGACUUCAGAGGUGAUCCGCCAGCCGUAUCCUCUUCAGAUCAGGUCUCCAGGCCCUCAUACCUACUUCAUGAAGAGGGAGACCUGGGGGUGGACAGACUUCCUCAUGAACCCCAUGGUAAUGAUGAUGGUCCUGCCUCUGUUGAUCAUAGUCCUGCUGCCCAAGGUUGUAAACACCAACGACCCUGAGAUGAGAAAGGAAAUGGAGCAGUCCAUGAACAUGCUGAACCCCAACCCUGAGCUGCCAGAUGUCUCUGAGUUCAUGACCAAGCUGUUCUCGGGCUCCAAGGGCUCUGGGAAACCAGGGGGGGGCAGCAAGAGCAGCAGCAGAGCUGCGGUGAAGAGGAGGUAGUGACACCCACUCAGACCUGGUCUGAAGAGCUGCGGUAUCCUGCCAUGGAAGCAAGAUUUUUAAGAGUUGUCUGUUGUACAGUUUUCCCCACCUUCUUUGAGAGUCCCUUGUUUUUCCGGAAGUCUUGCAAAAUAACAUGGGAAGGAAAGCUGUCUUUUUUUUCUUUCUUUUUUUGCACUGCACUGUUAUAACCUUUCGAUUCGACCUGAAAGAUUUUACACUUUCUUUUGAUGUUUGUAACUGUCAUUCUGUUAUGCCUGCUUGGUUGUUCUCAUACCUCUCAUUCAGGUACUUUAUCGCCCAACUUACUGUCGCUAACUCUCUGGUGUGUACUCUUACUAACUGCUGCUGUAUCUCAGAAUCAUAUGUCAAGUCUACUUCCACUACUUGAAUGAGAGCUUAUAUAAACUAUUGAGAUUUUUUUUUUGUUGAGUAAAUACGACUGUGAAUGAAUCAGAUGGAUUGAAUUUUAAUUCUAAUUAAAAAAAAAACAGACUUAUUUAAAUACCAAGGUUAAUAAAUUGUGAUAAGAG